AUGAAAAAUAAUUACAACAAAUGAUAAUAAUAAUUAUUAAAAAGUCAUUUCAAAUAAUGAUUGAAUUUAUCAACUCUAUAUAGAGAAAGUACCAAUUUUCAAGGGUAAUUAAUUUCAGCGAAUAAUUAUCAUCAUUAUUGAUUUUUGUUUUUUUUUUUUUUUUUGGAAUAAUUCGUGAGUAAUCAAUAAUAGAGAGACGCGAUAUGAUGUGUUUUCACGUAUACUCUCAUUGACUUCCAUCUAAUUAAUUUUCCAUCGUUCAUUCUCUGAAUGAAUUUAAUGACACAAAAAACAUAUUUUACAGAAGAAAUUGAAAAUAAAAGAAAUUUUAUUUUUUAAAAAAUUAAAUGGACUUUUUUUUUUGCAAUAAGAAUGUAAUGAUUAAAAAGAAAUUAUCAAUUAUGUAAAAAGUGCAAAUAAAAAGUAAAAGUGAAUUUCAAAACUUAUGCGACAUUAAUCAAGAUGUUUGACAAUUAUUUCCAGUGUUUAUAGUUUUUGUGCGAUGUCAAAUUAUUUUGUGAAUUGACACACUUCUUGGAAAAAAAAAUAUAAGUGUGAAUUUUUUUUUUAUUUUUAAAAAAGAACUGUUUUGAAAAAAGGAGAAGUUUUGAUGUUUCCGGUUAUUGUUUGGGUGAAAACCUCAACCGGAUGUGGGGUACUGGUAUCGGAAGUAGAAGCAUGAGGGAGGUUGCAUCCUCAACGUAAUGAUGCAGAGGGCGGUUCUCGUGCUCUGUUGGCUACCGCUCCUCAAUCUAUGCCAAGCUGUCAAUCCAGGAUGUUCGUGUGUUGUGUACAGCAGUUCCUAUAGUCCUCAAGGAGGGACUUUUAGUUCACCUGAUUUUCCAAAACGAUAUCCAACGAAUAUUGACUGCCUGCUGUAUACAUUUGUCGGUCAACCGGAAGAAAUUGUCCAGCUCUCAUUUCAUCAAUUUAACACAGGUCCACUUCGUACCGAUUGCUCAAAAGGAGAUUUCCUCAAAGUCUUUUUGCAUUUGGAAAGUAAAGGUGUUUCUGAGUACACGCCUUGGACUGGAUUUCUCUGCGGCAGCUUGCGCGAUAUUCCACAAGUUCUUUAUAGUUCGAGAUCCACCCUUAUCCUCGAGUUUCACAGUGAAGAACCACCCUCUAAUGCAACCGGUUUUUCUGGGACAUUCCGCUUUAUUGACAGCCGAUUGUUUAAAACGAAUGGUCAUAAGAUUCCUGGACCAAUGUGCGAUUACGAGUUUGUCAGUUCUCAGCUUACACCUCAGCAUGGACGUUUCUAUUCGCCACGUUAUCCAUCCUCCUACCAGAAGAACAUCCGUUGCUCCUACUACUUCCGGGCAAGAUCUAAAGAGAGAAUUCGUAUCGUCUUUGAAGAGAUAUCACUGCAAAAGGGCGAUUUGAGUUGUCUGAAUAGGGCCGAUUUAAUCAGGGUGCAUGAUGGAAGGGAUUCUCGAGCACCUACAAUAGCUGUACUAUGCAACGAAGGAGCGGAAGUAGAGGUGCUCAGCACAGGGUCUGACCUCUACGUUGAGUUCGUCGCUAAUUCAGAACGUCCCGGGCAGGGCUUUAAGGCGAUAUUCCAGUUUCAACCUUUGGAAGAUGCAUUAAAUUCAGAGUUGGACAAGGUCGUCCCUGGAGGCGUUACGGGGAACCCCAAGUACUCGGUCAUUGGUCCGGCUGUCAGCGCUACUACAUCUACCUGUGAUAUGGUGUUUAAUAGUGAUACCACAAAAUCGGGUAUUGUAACUUCACCAGGAUAUCCAAAUCCCUAUCAAUCAAGAGUUCGAUGUAACUACGAAUUUCAAGGAAGAGGGAAAGAAAGAGUUCAAGUUAUAUUUCAAGACUUCAAUCUCUAUCAUUCUUCAGAGACUACAAAAGAAUGUAAAGAUGUCGAUUCGAUAAUGGCCUUUGUCUACAUCGAUGGAAAGCCGGAAAAAAUUGAUGCCUUUUGCGGUGAAAUGCAACCACGACCAUUAAUGAGUAAUGGACCACGAUUGCUUUUAGAAUUUCAAGGAAAAGAAUCAUCGCGUCAUGUCAGAGGUUUCAAGGCUAUGUACUAUUUCACUGAAAAUUUUGGUAUUACCAGUGGAAGACAAGAAUCCACUUAUCCAUGCGCGUUUGUUUUUAGCAGUAAUGACACAAAAAAUGGAACUUUUGCGUCACCAAAUUACCCCGGAUUUUAUCCGAGAAAUACAGAGUGCCAUUAUUUUUUUAAUGGACAACCGAAUGAGAGAGUUCACCUGCAUUUUCAUUUCUUCGACGUUGAAGGAGUUUUGCCAUGCGACUCUGUCUCUGCGAGUGACUAUGUCGAGUUUUCCAAUUAUAUAACGAAGGACCGGAAGUACUCACGGCAUUGUGGUCAACUGAAGGAGUUCGACAUCGAGAGCGACCGGAAGUUCUUUCGAGUUACGUUCAAAAGUAAUGACAGGCUGGAUGGUACAGGGUUUAACGCUAGUUACGUAUUCUUCGACGAAGGAGAAAAUUAUACGAUGAAAACGCCAGUAAACGUAGCGUCUACGUGGAAUGGUUGUGCAUUACUGCUGUUGUUGGCCUACAAAAUUUUAUUUAUUUAAAUGAAUACAACAUCUUGAAAAGCAAUCUACGCGAUUGGAUCACUGGCUCAACAUCACAACGAAAAAGUUCUGUCAAUAAUAAUAAAAAAAAAAAAGCGAAUGAAAAUCACACGUGUCCUUUCCAAAUGAAAAGAAAAGCGAUUUGUUUCUAUUAUAUUAAAAAAAAUUCGCCGAAAAAAUCGCCCUUCUUUGAAAAAAUAUUUUUUUUCCGGUACAUCAUCGAUUAAAGUAUUAAAAACAAAAGCUGAAAAGAAAUGCACUCAGUUCACAAAUUACGAAAAAUAUAUAGUCCAAUAAAAGUCGUGUGAUUCAAGUUUCAAAGAAUCGCCUCCAACGCAGUUGCUCUGGGACAGAAAGAACGAAUGAAAAAAGCUUCAAGAAUUCAAUACUUCAGCAUCCCUCUUCUCAGAAGGUAAAUUAAGAGGUUUGUUCUACGAUUUCUUUAAAGAGAAGAAAACUUAUUAGUGCGGGACAUCCAAUUAAGUUCUUUUUUUUCCCUUUCUUUUUUUUUUAUUAACCAGCUCUUUUAAUGGACAUCAACUUUUACAGAUUCUAGGAAAAAAAGAAAUUUUAUUGCAAAAACAAAUAAUCUUCCACCUAAUUAAAAUUCUCAAUUAGUAACAAUUUUUUAUUUUCAAAAAUAUUAAAAAUUUACAAACUAUUUUGAUACAUUUUAACAUUAAAAAUUAAUAUAAAUUACAAAUUUUUACAAAUUUUUUUUAAAAUUUUUUUUCGUAUUCGAGGAAAAAUAUUGUUCUAGAGCGACUGAUAUAAAUUUGAAAAAAAUUCUUUCUCGAACUGUGUCCACCGUAGAUAUGCAUCGAACGCAUUUUUUUAACAUGCGUCCCUUAUAUGACUGUGAUGUUUUCAUGUUUUCUUAACUUCUCAGAAGACGAAGAUACUUAGGUAAUAUUAUAUUUAAAAAUGUGAGAAAAAAUCUCCAAAUGCGUGACGUAUGUCGUGUAAAAAAAAAAAUCUAUUUUCCAUAUAGGUUGAAUGCAUCAAUGAGUGACCACGUGGUUUUCUCGAUUUUUCCCCCCCAAAAAAAUAAAAUAUUUAUGUUUGAAAAAAUUAGACAUUUUUUACAAACAGAAAUUUUUUAAAUCAAUUAAAAUUGAAAAGAAAAAUUUAUUUACAUCAAUUUUUAAAAAACAUGUCAGUCACUGAUGUGACAUUUUUUAAAAAAGAAAAAAAAUUUUAGCAAUAAAUACGAUUUUUUAAAUAGAGAAAAAAAAAUUUUUAUCCAAAAAGUUUUUUAACAUAAAAUAAAUGUUUAAUUCGAUAAAUAUAUUUCUAAAAAAAAGUUUUUCUAAAACUUCCCUUGAAUUAAAAA